GUGCUGAAGGCUAAUGUUGCACCUUCGAGUCAUGCUGGAGAUGGACCGCGACCCAGGAGCUCCUGUCAGGGUCGGCCUGCCACCAGCCCGGCAGCCCCUGCAGCAGCGGGUUCUUCGAAGACGGAGUUCACUUUGGUGAACACGCCACGUGAAGUUGUCAUUCGCUCCAGGUGCCUGAUGCAACGUGGUUCUGCUGGCCCUCGUCGAGUAGUCCUUCCUCGUGAGUUGGUUCCUGUCGGCAGCCGUGUGGAGCACGACAAUAGUGGCGAAGCUUGCACGAGCAAGUCAAGGUGUGUCAGAGCGACUCUUUUCGUGGGCGAUGGUUUGCAGACGGUGCCCGUGGAGCUGGUCUCAGCCCAACGUGUCGCAAAGCGACAAGUUACCGGCCGAGCUGGUGCUGGCCCCCCUAUCGCUGACAAGGAUGCUUUACGUCACGAUGUGCCUCCUCUGACAUCGGAACUCCGUGGAGAUCUCAAGCAGAAGUUGGACAGCUUGGUUUCAGUCUGUCGGACCGACUUCAAGGCACAUCCGCGCAGUGUGCGCUUCUUUCUUAGGGAGCUCUGGGAAGUCUGCCAACUGCUGAAAGUGCCUUGUCUUCCUCGGCCUUACAGGAAAAACCUUGCCGGUCCGCUACAACAAUUCGUCAUGAACAUUCCUAACUGGCUUCCGGCCGAUUUAGCUCCUUCCAGCGCCGAGCUGUCAGAGGAUUCUUUUAUCACGCUGACAGUCAUGUUAGCGCUGGACUCCAUCCCUUGGGAGUUCAAGUUCAACCAGAGACUUGAUGGCAAUCCAUUUGAUUUGUACGUGAUGCCGCAGUCUUUGUAA